AUGUCUAUCCCUAGAUCUAUUUUAUUUGUAACUGGAAAUAAACACAAGCUUGCUGACGUUACCAGCAUUCUUGGCAACGAGUUUGAAAUCAAGAAUCAUAGCUAUGAUUUACCCGAAAUCCAGGGAAGCCUUCAAGAUAUUGUUACUGAAAAAUGCAGGGCUGCUGCUGAAAUUGUUCAAGGUCCUGUAUUGACAGAAGAUACAUGGCUUUCUUACGAUGCAAUGAACGGCCUUCCUGGUCCUUAUAUAAAAUGGUUUUUGAACAGCAUCGGUUGUGAUGGUUUAUAUCAUAUGUUGGAUGGCUUUCCCACCAAAGAUGCCAAAGCUGGCUGUACUUUUGGCUAUACCGAAGGUCCAGGAAAGCCUAUCCAUAUGUUUGAUGGCAUUUUACAUGGUGAAGUUGUUUCCCCCCGUGGUGAUAAGGGUUUCGGUUGGAACUCCAUUUUCCAGCCCAAUGGUCAUGAAAAGACUUAUGCAGAAAUGGAUGAUGAUGAAAGAAAUGCUUGUAGCCAUCGUUUCCUUGCUGCUAUGAAGCUCCGCGACUUUCUGCAAUCACAAAUCUAA